AUGCCCGCACCAAAACCGAAGAGAGUAAAAAAGGCUCAGCCCAAGGCCAAGGCUACUGACGCCGAGGUUGAGGAUGCUUUUCCUAUUUCUCAGCUGGCACAAGGCAAAAAAUCAACCUUUGCUUCCACCAAGAGGUCUGCUGAGGCCCAACCCUUAGGGUCUACACAAUCGAAAAAGCCGAGGUCAUCGUCUGCGACGAUCUCGGCGUCCAAGAAGCCCGACGUUCCAUGGGCUCCUCAACUAACUCUGGAGGAUAGGCCUAUUAUGGCCAGUGAAAGUGCCGACGAUAUCAACGUUGGUGUCGCCCUCAGCACUGCUUUUCUCCUUCCGCAGGAUUUGGAACGAAAUGCUGAACUCAAUCAGGCCGAGGCGGCUACUAAGGCCCAGCAGAUGGCUGAAGAGAAAGUGGAGUCUGCUGAGGCUAUCCGAAAAGUUGCUGAAGCUGAGAAGAAGGAGGCCGAAGUGAAAAAGGCCCAGGCUGAGAAGGAGCUCCAGCAGGCUUUGGCCACCAAGGAGGCCGAAGUCAAAGAGGCUGAUGAAAAGGCCUAUGCCCAAGGUAUGGCUGACGUCACAGAGGAUUAUAAACUUCAAGUCAGGCAGGUUGAAGAUGAAUCAGAGACUGAGGCUGAUGCCGAGGAUGAGGAUGAAGGGAAAAAUGAUGAUGAGGCCUUGGUGAGGAAACCCAAGGAUGCUGCUAAAGCUAAGUCCCCUCCUCCUGCUGAGCAAGUGAUGGAUUUAACCUUGGAUGAGGAGGGUGAUGAGGUUGGGGAGGCACCCAAGGAAAUUGCCAUCGGGCAACUAUCAUCCGACCUUCUUUUGGCUGAAAGAAAUCUGGACAAUACGCUGGCUGAGAUUGAUGCUGAGAUAGAAGCAGAAAAGGUUGCCGAGGACGUUCCACCAGAAUCGUCCGAGGUCCCAGUCCCUGCAGCGGCUAAUACUGAAGAGUCUUGA